GCACAGCACUGUCCGCCCGCGGAGGAGGAGGGACGAGCGGCCGCUGAGGGGCAUGACAGCCGCAGCCCCGCUGACAGCUCCAGCACUGGACCGCGCCAAACUACUUUGUAUUAUUCUGCCAACACGCCAACUACUACAACUACUACAACAACUACUACUACUACUACUUCAAGCACUUCAACUACUGGAGCCCGCGAGACUUUGAUCCGAGCAGGGUCUGGACUUCAGAGCGGGACUAUGCCCGAGAUGGAGAAAGGCAGACCCGCGGAAAACAAACGCAGCAGGAAGCCCGCUCACCCGGUCAAGAGGGAGCUCAACCAGGAGAUGAAGACGUUUGCCGAAAGCACCAUGAACGAGCUGCUGGGCUGGUACGGCUACGACAAAGUGGAGCUGCGCGAGUCCGAGGCCAACGAGAUCCGCAACUACCGAGAGCGACGCCAGCAUGUGUCUGUGCUAAAAGAAAACUCGCUGCCAAAACCCAAAGAGUCCAAAGUGUGUGUCCCGUCUGUGCUGUCCAUCAAGCCCGCGUCCAGCAGAGACAUGUCCAGUGUCCCCGCGUCCUCUCCGUCCUCCUCCACCAGCUCCACCCUCAGCACCCCCAAAGAGCUGAAGAGCGCCCCCGUCAUCGUGCCGCUCAUAAAACCCUCUGCAGUGGAGGACACGGCGGCCGUCCACAUCGUGUGUGUGUGGUGUCAGAAGGAGGGGGUGAAGAGGUAUUCUCUGUGUAUGGGCUCAGAGCUCAAGAGCUUCUGCAGUGAGAAAUGUUUCGCCGCCUGCAGAAGAGCCUACUUCAAAAGAAACAAGGCCCGGGACGAGGACCUCCAGAGUGAACGUUCCCCGCAGCCGCCGCACCCCGAGGACUCGCCCAGACUGGUGCUGAAGACCCCCGGCUCUGCACGAUCUCUGUCCCCUGUGUCUCAGGCCUGUGACUGGUGCAAACACGUGCGCUACACCAAAGAGUACCUGGACUUCGGCUCGGGAGAGGAGCGCCUCCAGUUCUGCUCCACCAAGUGCCUCAACCAGUACAAGAUGGACGUGUUCUACAGAGAGGCCCGGGCGGCUCUCUCCACAGGUACGAACUCUGAGUCCAGUCCAGGCCGGAGCAGCGGGACCCAGGACGGACAAUCUUCAGAGGGCAAAAGCGGCACCCCCCAAAAGCUCCUCACUCCCGAAUCUUGGACCAGCAGUAACGGCGAGACCCGACAUCGCAAAUCCUCCCCGAAAAUCAACACGACCGGCGAAUCCCCCCCGGAACCGAAGCCGUCCGGAUCCCGAACUUCGGACAGACCCCUCCCGCCGCAGCCUCCCGCUCCUCCGCCCGCCGUCGCCGCGUCCCCGCACCCCGUCCCCGCCCCGCACCCCCCCCCCCCGUCCCGCCCGGCGUUGGACCACCCGCACGCCCCCCCGAUGCCCAUGCCGUUCAUCCGACCCCCCCUCCACGCUCAGGGGCUGAAGAGUCCGCUCACCAGCCCCCCGAGACACCCGGGUCCGCCCUCGAGUCCCAUCCACCGACCCCCGCACUCGCCCCACCUCCAGCCGCCCACGCCCGCCGCGCCCAUGAACCCGCCGGGCCUCAUGCACCCCUUCCCCGGAGCGUACUUCCCGGGACUGCAUUCUCCGCCUCUCAACAUGCUCCCCCGAGGUCCAGUCCCGCCGGUAGCGCCCGUCCCGAUGCCUCCCAUGAUGAAUUACGGAAUACCGUCCUUUAGCCCGCUGCUGCCCCAACCGAUGGUCCUCGUUCCCUAUCCGGUUAUAGUUCCUCUUCCGGUACCUAUUCCCAUCCCGAUCCCGAUUCCGCUCAAGUCAAACCAGGAACGGUCUUCGAGUCACAGCGGCGUGAUCCAGCCGGUUCCCGAAGGUUUAGACAGGUCGAGAUUCCGAAGCGCAAGACCGCAGACGCCGGAGGAAGACAGCAGCCCGGUAGGCGAUAAACUAGCCGGUUCUCGGGAUUCGCCCUCACCGAACGGCAACGCCAAAGAUUGGGUGAAAUCCGAAAGAUCAUUCCCGUCGCCAUCGUCAACGCCCAAUAGCGAAGUCUCGUCUCCCGGUUCGGAAAAUCUAGAUUAUAAGCAGUCUACGGAAAGGCACGUAAUUCAGAGGGUGCUGCACAGGACCCAAGUUAAGGUAGAGCCAAGUGCCAACGGCGUGGUGGAUUUGUCGGCGCUCGGGGAAGUCGGAGUUAGACCAGGGAAUAUUAUCAGAUCUGUUUCGCAGUCUCCGCCGCCGGACAAAAUCUACCACCUUAAAGACCCCAACUGUAGUCCGACACACGCCAGUCAGCUCUACGAAACCGCGCAGCUGAAACUAAACGAAAGUGCCACAAACGGUACGGCCAAAUCCCCGAGUAGGUCCAGCUCGCCCUUACCCAUUACCCCGGAAGAAGUCAAAGAAAACAAAUGCCAAAAUCCCGAACCCCAAGCCGAGGAGCCGGCCGUGAAUGUCGGAGACGUCGGAGAAGACCCCCACGUCCCGGACGAGGAUCACGCCUACGCCCUGCCGACGACGCCAAACACGGUCACCACGGCAACCCCGCUGCUCCUGCCCAAGCUCAGGGACAAGGGCAGCCUGAGGACGGCGCCGCAGCGCCCCCCUGCUGGUGGGGACAUGGAGCCUGCGCUGAAGAGGAGGUGCCUGCGCCUCCGGGAGCAGAACAAGUAA